AAAUCAGUUGGUGGGCACUGUGUGGACUGUUCAAAGUUUUCAAAGAAUUUUGUGAUCGUCUUUCCCAUCUAAACCCUAAUUCGUGUGUUUGUGAGAGAGAAUAGAACGAUGAAUCCUCUUAUUUGGCACAAAGUUGCUGCAAUCUCUGGUAAGUUUGUUGGUGUUCGUGGCAUGGCGAAAUCCUUGUUCGCAACCCAAGGAAUGGCAGCUCUUGGAUUAGGCACAUAUGGUGCCCAUGGCUUCAAACCCAGUAACCCUACUUACAAAGAGGUUUGGAACACAGCAUCUCUUUACCAUUUAGUUCAUACAGCUGCAUUGGUUGGUGCUCCCAUAACUAAAAACCCCAAUAUUUUUGGAGGGCUUUUGACUGCUGGAAUUGUUGCCUUCUCGGGGACGUGUUAUAUGGUGGCGUUAUUUGAAGACAGAAAAUAUGCUAAAGUAGCCCCAUUUGGUGGGUUUGCAUUUAUUGCUGCCUGGGGAAGCUUGCUGUUCUAGAUUUUGAUGGGUAUUUGAAUCUUCAAGAAGCUUCAUGAGGACUUUUUACAUGUAUAAUGACGAAAAAAAAUUAGAGAUUCAAGGAUAUAUGAUUGUCUAUUUAAAGAAGUAAAUGAAAAUUCGAACUCUUCACUUGGUA